AUGGCUUUAGCAUUGACUACUGCAGUAAGAAUAGUACUCGGAAAAACAAGACCGUUCACAAGUGUCAUUGAAGCCUUACCUGGCUGGGAUGAGUUGGGAGACAUAGAGCGUGCCGUCAUAGAAAGUCAAACAGAGGGAGACAGAGUGUGGGCGUUGUCCGAGUAUCGAUCACGGCAUGGUGUUCGAUGUCCGACGGCAUUUGAGUUUGCAAGAUUCUUGACUGAAAUCGAAGAGGAACUACGUUUAAGAAUCAUGGAUCUAGAGAACCAAGUAGAACUGUUGCGCAUGUCUACAACAGCACAUGAUGUCAUUGAACUAAGAAACUGACACCUCUAUGCAACAA